AUGGCGGGAUGUUCAACCACCAGAUGUUUCCUCAGUCGAAACAAAUGUAUCACGCAGAUAUUCAAUGGUAAAGAAAUCAAGUUUUGCUGCUGCAAUACGGGAGAUCUUUGUAACUCGAAGCUCACUAAUCUCUCGCUUUAUGAGAAAGCAAAGGAACGCGUCAAGGACUUUUUCAAAGUCAUUGGCUAA